AGAAGAAGUUGUCAGGGCACUCAAGCCUAUGAAGGAGCCACCCUGGUGAUGUCAGAGGAGAGUAUGCCAACCCUGUCCAUCAUUGCUCCUCUUCAUGCCAAGCUUGUGAUGGGUGCACAAGAAAGUGUUGAUGAUACACCGACAGUAAGGGACAUUAAGACUGCCAUAGCAGAAGAUCUGGGAAAGAGAUAUGUAAAUGAGAGGGAGACACUAUGGAUGGCAUCAACUGUUGAUCCUCGGUUUAAGGACCUGCCCUUCCUGUCUGAAGCAGAGACCAGUGAGACCUAUUCCAGACUGUUGGACACUGUGGUGACUGUGAUAAAGAAGGAAGAAAAUCAGCAAAAGAAUGAGGAGACUGACAAACAGGUGGAGGAAGAGAAUGCCACAGAGGAGGCUCAUCACCCACAUAUCAAAGACAACUUUGACUCCAUCCCUCGGCCACCCCUAAAAAGACAGAGGACCUCAUGUGCAUUGGUGGACUUGCUCGGAGCUACGUUUGCCUCUACUAGUGACAAUACUGCACCAAAAUUCAGAACAUGA